AUGACCGAGCUCAGUGGUACAAGUGCCGUGCUUGUUUGGAAAAAAGAUGCUCAAUUGUUUAGAAAAAGUUUGGAAGCUUCUGGUGUAUGGGAUGGAAGUCGGAGAUUAAAGUGUGUGGGGCCAAACCAAGUUGCCAUUCCUGUGCUAGAUGGUGCCACUGCCAAGAAGCUGUUGGAAGACCGAUGGCCACAGCGUAAUGAAUGCAUGGGUAUUGAAGUCAUAAGUCUUGAUCUGCCUGCUUCCAAGACAUCCCUACUUAAACAACCUCAUGGGAUUCUGGUGGAAAAUAUCAGAACAUUGAUGGAAAAGUCAAAUAUUGUUUUGACUCCUGACAUGCUGAAAACAAUUCCUAAACACUGGCAAAUACAUGGGGAUCUCAUCCUUCUGCCUAGUGGAGCAUUUCCGGAGAGUAAAUGGCCAGACACAGGCUCUCAGCUAUGGAAUAUUGUAGCUAAGGCUCUUGGUUGUCAGCGUGUUGCUAGGAAACAUGCCAUAGCAAGUGAUGGCUUCCGAUCACCUCAGGUGGACUUGUUGCUUGGAGACAGUGCAUGGGUGGAGCAUAUUGAUAAUGGUAUAAAGUACAGCUAUGACAUGACACAAUGUAUGUUUAGCUGCGGUAAUGUGACAGAGAAGAUGAGAGUGGCACAGUUUGAUUGUAGAGGGGAAACUGUGGUGGAUCUGUAUGCAGGUAUAGGCUACUUCACUUUACCAUUCCUGGUACAUGCCCAUGCUCAGAUGGUUCAUGCCUGUGAAUGGAAUCCAGCUGCUGCAGAGAGUCUGAGGAGGAACUUGGCUCUGAAUGGUGUGACUGAGAAAUGUGUGGUACACGAGGGAGACAACAGAAAGAUAUGUCCUAAAGGGAUUGCAGAUCGUGUAAAUCUGGGUCUGAUUCCUAGUUCGGAGCCUGGAUGGCCUGUGGCUUGUGCAGCUCUUAAACCAGAAGGUGGAUUGCUGCAUAUUCAUGGUAAUGUUACCACCAUUGAGCCCAGCACUGCCAUUUUGCAGGGAGAGAGGAAUAGUGCCAAUGCGAGUGGCAUUUAUGACAGCAGUGAAAGUGAAAGUGAAAGCAAUUUAACUGAACACAACUGUGAAAGGGAGCUAAAUGUGCUAUCUAGUCUUGGGAAUGAUAGAGGCUUGGCAGAAAACAGGCCAAAUUUGCACAAUUUCUCACCUAGGACAGGGGAUUCUUGUGACACUGGAGAUGGAUUAUCUCCCUUUGUCAGUACCAGCGGUGCAGAUGCCCAGGAUGAUAUGAGCCCGGCUGAAGCUAUACGAGUUUGUAGUAAGAGUGAACACUGGAAUGAGGAAGACUAUGUUAGAACAGAUGGAACAUCUAGACAGCUUUUGAAAACAGCAUGUAAAGCCGCAUUCCCAUACUGGCUCAAAUGGGCUGAGCAAUCUCGGCCAGUGAUCGAAGAAAUUUUCUACACUAUUUACAAGAAGUCCUGGAGGACUGAAAUUCAUCACAUAGAACAUGUCAAAUCCUAUGCUCCUCAUGUCGAUCAUAUAGUUGUAGACUUACUGUGUAGACCAAAGUAAUAGGUUCUAUUAUCCAGUGUUGUUUCAAGGGAAUAACCCGGGUUAAAUAUUUUUGUUUGCAAUAUUAAAUGAUCUCCCUUGAGAAGAAUCCAUCCUCGAAUGAAUUUAUUAAAUGCAUCAUCACCAAAAUCAAAUGGAAUGUAAAUGAUGUCUUUUUCAGUAAGGCUGUGAAUCAGAGUCUAUGUAUUUUACUCAUUUUUUGCUCAGGUAAUUUGAAUAUUUUUUAUAUGGGCUGCAAAGAAAGUCCUGCAGAGAAAAUAAGUGAAAGGAGCAUGUAAGUUUGCAGCUAAAUUGAAACAGUAUAAGACAUAUUACAUGUAAGACAGAAGACAUACAGCAUGAUUGCUGGCCACUGUUACGCCGUACUCAAGAAUAUUUCACUUGUACGACGGCGGCCUUCAUUGUAGUGGGAGGAAACCGGGCCAAACAAAUAAUAAAAAAAAAAAAAAAAACAUUACAUCACAGUUAGUGUCAGUGAAUGCUCUUUCGUGCCAGCUCAGCCGCAUUUAUUUGCUUUGUUGAAAAUAAUACGUAGCAUGGUUUAUCUUUCGCGCUGGUGUUACAUGAAGUUUUAGUGCAACAGUAUUAAAGGUAUUAGCCAAUAGGAGUCCAAUCGGUUGUACUCUAUAUGGGUUACUACAUGAGCA